AUGGUUUUGUUUUAUUAUUUAUUUAGUUAUUAAAGCUUCUUGCAAGACAGAAACCAAAGCUGGCUCAGAGUUAAACUGGCUGUAGAGCUGUUUUUAAGAUUUGUUUGUGCUUCGCCAGUUGGAUCUGUAACUUAAAGUCUGAAGUCUUGUUACUGUAUGGUGAUAACAGUGAGUUUCAUGGUGGUUUUUUAACGGACUAGGGUUAACAGUACGUGAAGUAGAAUCACAGUACAGAAUUAUAUAUAUAAAUAUAUAGAUUACGGGGAUAGUGUUAUGUUUUCACCUUCCUUUUCGUUUGCGAACUCUUGAGUUGGCUCAUCUUUAUCUCUACCGAACAGUGAAAGAUUUUGCACACUGUUUUGCUUUGGUGGGUGAAUCCAUGAGAAAAGUGCCAACAGUUUUUGUUUUAUAUUUCAGACAAAGCCAGCUCUUGUUUGCUCCCUCUCGGGAAGCGAAUGAAAUGACGACCAGAUUGGAUUAUUUUUCUUACAAUUUUCUUUAACUUCUACGGAAGUAACCCUCGAAAGGGCUUCAGUUGUCUGAUGAGAACACUUGAGAUAGAUUCUACUGAGGAUAAUAGGUGAAUUCCCAAGAGUGUAGAUGGAUACAAGCAGUUUCAGGCCAGGUGAAUCACAUGUAGCACAGCAAAGCAGAAGAGAUAAGCUAAGAGUUCAAGCGAGCUCAGCUUCAGCAGCUCAUCAUUUAGAUGACUUCUCUAACAACUUGGAACAGUUGUCGGUCCAUUCCGGGUUAAACCCAGAUCUUGUUCAGGUUCGAAAUGUUAGAAACGCCAGUAUCCUUUAUGACCCUACUACUACUGUGUUUUCGUCUGAAAUGCUCAAUUUUGCAACUCGUUCUACUGGAGUUUUACCAGCCCAAAGGCAUGCAAUGGCUGAUCAAGAACUAGCUGCAAUGACCCAUAACAUGUCUCAUCCAGUUUCCUCCAACAUUAAAGCCAAUUCCAGUGACCCACAAGCGUGUAGCAACUGGAGAAGCAGUGAUACGCAGCAGUGUUAUGACUGGAUGGUGAAUUAUGCAAGUGGAUCAUCAGUAGGUAGAGAAAACAAUCAAAAACCUAUUUUUGUUGGGGAUGUCUUGUCAAAUAAUGCAAGGGUAACCGAUAUUUCUACACCUACACAAUAUGUGAAGCCUAUUUACGAUGGAUAUCAAAGUGUUCAAUCUUCAUUGGCCAUUCCCUCAAGUGAAAUUCAUGGUCAAGGCAGCCAAAGGCAACAUAGAGAGAUGCAGUUCGCUUCUCAUAUGCAUCCAUUUUACCACAACACACUGGCUGAUGUUGUCACUUCAGCUUCUAAUGCAUAUGGAAAUCAUUCGACUGCUUUAUGUUUCGAUAAUGCCAAUACUUGGAUGAACAGACCUGUCGAGAGUUGCCAUCAAUGGAGUAGUGAAAUGGGUCUUGUUACAAGGAAGAAUAGCCAAGAGUUGAGGACUCUUGCACGCGAUCCCAAUACUCAGGUUCUAUCUCUGUCUCUUUCAUCAAAUCCACCAUCUAGAGGGAAUAUAACUCAGUUUGAAGAAGGAUACGAAUCUGAACAUAUGCAAUCAAAGCCUGGUGAACUCAAAGAAUCACAUAAUCAAGAUUCCAAGAUUUUAAAAUCAUCAAAUUAUUUGUGUUCAAUGUCAAAGCCGGCAAUUAUCAGUAGAAGUGCUGGGAAAUCGCUUAGUGAUAUGGUGGGUACGUCUAAUUAUAAUGUUCUUCAGAAUGCUGGUCCUCUUGGGCCUUUCACAGGAUAUGCAACGAUUCUAAAGAGUUCUAAAUUCUUGAAGCCAGCUCAACAGCUAUUAGAUGAGUUCUGUCGUGCAGCAGGUUUAAAACUCUUGAAAACUUGUGAGGGGUCUGCGAGGAUUUCUGGAGAUUGUGCAGAGACGGGGGCUAAAGUCAAUAACACAACGUUCUACAGCUCUAAUGAAGUGAGUGGUGAUGUUGCAGUUGCAGUUGCGAGCAGUACUUGCGAAUCUUUAAGGUCUGAAUACCAACAAAAGAAAGCAAAGCUUCUAUAUUUGCAGGAGGAGGUAUGCCAUAGAUACAAGCAAUAUCACCAGCAGAUGCAAAUGGUGGCUUCAUCAUUUGAAUCAGUUGCUGGUCUCAGUACUGCUACCCCGUAUGUUUCUUUGGCUCUCAAGACUGUGUCAAGGAAUUUUCGUUGUGUAAGGCAUGCUAUCUCGGAUCAGCUCAAGCAUGUAGCAAAGGCCCUAGGGGAGGAUUUGUUGUCCCCUAAUACAGGUACAAGUAGUAGCAAAGGUGAUACGAGCACAUCAAGGCUCAAAUACACGGAUCAAAACUUUCAAAGGUACAGAUGUGGUGGGGCUAAUGCGGGCUUCUUUGAAUCCCAACAACACGUCUGGCGGCCCCAGAGAGGUCUACCAGAACGUUCAGUGGCCAUACUUAGAGCUUGGCUGUUUGAGCAUUUUCUUCAUCCGUACCCUUCGGACACCGAUAAACACAUGUUGGCCACUCAAACAGGACUAUCGCGUAACCAGGUCUCAAAUUGGUUUAUAAAUGCUCGGGUGCGUGUUUGGAAACCUAUGGUUGAAGAAAUACACAUGCUUGAAACCAAAGGUUUAGCAGAAAAUCAAACUUAUGCAAAUCUUGAGGGAAAAUCUGUUGAGGGUACCAGCCACCCAUUGCAGGAGCAAUCUUCAAAUAAUAUAGGUGCAGAUUCUAUGCUUAAUAAGCAGUUGGAGUGCUCCGGUACAGGUUCCUCAUCGGGCAGCGGAGAACAUCUGGAUGCAGAGCAGUGGAGUCAAGAAAAAAGAUCAAGAAUAGAGUUUCAGGCCCCAACUAGUAUGGAUGGAUCAGUGAUGAAUUUUCUGCCAUACCAGAGGACUAGUGGUGUUGACAUUGGAGGACUAGGAGCUGUUUCACUUACACUCGGGCUCAGGCACGGUGUUGAAAAUGCUCAACACCAGCAACCGCAUCAGCAGCAUCCACAAUUGCAGCAACGUGAGGAUCAACAUAGGCGGCGAUUCGGAGGUCAGAUGAUUCAUGAUUUUGUGGGUUGAUUGUGUUUUAAGUCUUAAAUCUUUGAAUGGAAGUGAAAAGCGAAUAAUUAAGGAGAGAGAACAAGAAAAAGCUCCUUUUUUUAUUUCACCAAUUUAUUUAUCUUUUACAUUGUCUUGGAAAAAUCCAUUUGCAAUACUUGGAUCGAGUCUUGAGGCUUAAAAAAUUUGUUUUUGCUACUGAUGCAUGGUAGCCAAAUUUCUCCAUGAAAUGUUCUACAAGUUUAAGGUUUAAUGUGGUGAAGGUAUUAUGAUUUGGUUUUAUUCCAAAUCAAGAGAGUUGGGUGGUCUAACUUGUAUACCAAAACCAAUGUAAAGCUUUCGGUUUGAUCUUACAAUCCAAAUUUCAUUGCUGACUUAAUGUUUUUUCUCGUC